GCCCUCGUCCUUCCGGGUCUUGUGAGCGCCUCGGGCCGGGAGCCGGACGCAGGCGCAGUUGCUUGGCUCCCUGGGCGGGCGCUGAGCACGUGGGCUGUGCUGUUCUGCGUGAAGGGACUGGAGCUCAGUUUUGCUGGUGCCAUCGUGGGCUGCAGGCUAAUAAAGGCCAUGGCGCCGGCGGGAAUCCUGAACGGGAAGGUGGUCUCCGCGCAAAUAAGGGAACGACUGAAGAACCAAGUCACUCAGAUGAAGGAACACGUACCUGGCUUCACACCUGGCCUGGCAAUCUUGCAGGUUGGCAACAGAGAUGAUUCCAAUCCUUAUAUAAAUGUGAAGCUGAAGGCUGCUGAAGAGAUUGGGAUCAAAGCCACUCACAUUAAAUUACCAAGAUCAUGCACAGAGUCUGAGGUGUUAAAGUAUGUCACCUCCUUGAAUGAAGACUCCUCUGUCCACGGAUUCAUAGUGCAGCUACCUUUAGAUUCAGAGAAUCCGAUUAAUACUGAGGCAGUCAUCAAUGCUAUUGCUCCUGAAAAGGAUGUGGAUGGAUUGACUAGUGUCAGCGCUGGAAAACUUGCCAGAGGUGAUCUCAAUGACUGCUUCAUUCCUUGUACACCUAAAGGAUGCUUGGAACUCAUCAAAAAGACAGGGGUGCAGAUUGCUGGAAUGCACGCAGUGGUGGUCGGGCGCAGUAAAAUAGUUGGUGCACCAAUGCAUGACCUGCUUCUGUGGAACAAUGCCACAGUGACCACCUGCCACUCCAAGACUGCCAAUCUGGACAAGGAGGUAAAUAAAGGAGACAUCCUGGUGGUCGCAACAGGAAAGCCUGAGAUGGUGAAAGGGGACUGGAUCAAACCUGGGGCUGUCGUCAUAGACUGUGGGAUUAAUUAUGUUCCGGAUGAUUCAAAGCCAAAUGGAAAGAAAGUUGUAGGUGACGUGGCAUAUGAUGAGGCCAAAGAGAGGGCAAGCUUUAUCACACCUGUCCCCGGCGGUGUGGGGCCCAUGACUGUGGCAAUGCUGAUGCAGAGCACAGUAGAGAGUGCGCAGCGUUUCCUGGAGAAAUUUAAGCCAGGAAACUGGAAGAUUCAAUAUAACAAUCUGAACCUCAAGACACCUGUGCCAAGUGAUAUCGAUAUAUCAAGAUCUUGCAAACCGAAGCCCAUUGGUAACCUGGCUCGAGAAAUUGGGCUGCUCUCGGAAGAGGUGGAAUUAUAUGGUGAAACAAAAGCCAAAGUUCUGCUGUCGGCACUAGAGCGCCUAAGGCUCCAGCCUGAUGGGAAAUACGUGGUGGUGACUGGCAUAACUCCAACACCUCUGGGAGAAGGGAAGAGCACAACCACAAUUGGUCUGGUGCAAGCACUGGGUGCCCACUUGCAUCAGAAUGUGUUUGCAUGUGUGCGGCAGCCUUCUCAGGGCCCCACCUUUGGAAUAAAAGGUGGUGCUGCAGGUGGUGGCUACUCCCAGGUCAUUCCCAUGGAAGAGUUUAAUCUCCACCUCACUGGUGACAUCCAUGCCAUCACCGCAGCUAAUAACCUUGUUGCUGCUGCCAUCGAUGCUCGGAUAUUUCAUGAACUGACCCAGACAGACAAGGCUCUCUUUAAUCGUUUGGUGCCAUCAGUAAAUGGAAUAAGAAAGUUCUCUGAUAUCCAAAUCCGAAGGUUACGGAGGCUAGGCAUUGACAAGACUGAUCCUGCCACACUGACGGAUGACGAGAUAAACAGAUUUGCAAGACUGGAUAUUGAUCCAGAAACCAUAACAUGGCAAAGAGUGUUGGACACUAAUGAUAGAUUCCUGAGGAAGAUCACAAUUGGACAGGCUCCAACCGAGAAGGGGCACACACGAACGGCCCAGUUUGAUAUCUCAGUGGCCAGUGAAAUCAUGGCUGUCCUGGCCCUCACUAGUUCUCUGGAAGACAUGAGAGAGAGACUAGGCAAUGUUUGUCCAUGCUGGACCUUUGGCCCACAUUGCACAUGGGAAUUCCUCCAUCAUUGCAGACCGGAUUGCACUCAAGCUCGUUGGCCCUGAGGGCUUCGUAGUGACUGAAGCAGGAUUUGGGGCAGACAUUGGAAUGGAAAAGUUCUUCAACAUCAAGUGCCGGUAUUCUGGUCUGCAGCCACAUGUGGUGGUGCUUGUUGCCACUGUCAGGGCUCUUAAGAUGCAUGGGGUGGCCCCACAUUUCCUUUCCUUCCAGGUCACUGCUGGACUGCCUCUUCCCAAGGCCUACACAGAGGAGGACCUGGAGCUUGUUGAAAAAGCCUUUAGUAACCUGAGGAAACAAAUAGAAAAUGCCAGAAUGUUUGGAGUGCCUGUAGUUGUGGCAAUGAAUGCAUUCAAGACAGAUGCAGAUGCUGAGCUGGACCUCAUUGGCCGCCUCUCCAGAGAACAUGGGGCUUUUGAUGCUGUCAAAUGUACUCACUGGGCUGAAGGGGGCAAGGGUGCCUUAGCCCUAGGCCAGGCGGUCCAGAGAGCAGCACAGGACCCCAGCAGCUUUCAGCUCCUCUAUGACCUCAAGCUCCCAGUUGAAGAUAAAAUCAGGAUCAUUUUGCAGAAGAUCUAUGGGGCAGAGGACAUCGAACUGCUCCAUGAAGCUCAGCACAAAGCAGAAGUCUACACAAAGCAGGGCUUUGGGAAUCUGCCCAUCUGCAUGGCCAAAACACACUUGUCUUUGUCUCACAACCCCGAGCAAAAAGGUGUGCCCAUUGGCUUCAUUCUGCCCAUUCGUGACAUCCAUGCCAGUGUUGGGGCUGGUUUUCUGUACCCCUUAGUAGGAACGAUGAGCACCAUGCCUGGGCUCCCUACUCGGCCCUGUUUUUAUGAUAUUGAUUUGGACCCUGAAACUGAACAGGUGAAUGGACUAUUUUAAACAGAUCAUCUAUCUCUAAAGGCUACUUUGUUUGGCCAGUGUCUCUUCAGGCCCACCAAGGAAGUGUGGGGAAGUCGAGGAAGUCAGCCCCUGCCCUGAGGAUCUUCAGAAAUCGUGGGAGUUUCCCUAGAAGCCUUUCACAGCCUUAAUCCUCAUACCAUGUAUAAAUUAACACAAAUCAUGCACAUGGCUAUUUGCUUUAGUGGCAGUCCAGAAUAAAAGGAAUAAUUUUGCUA